AUGGAAAAACAAGAAAAAUUAAACAAAAUAGUAAAUGUAUAAAUAACACAUAAUUGUUCAUUUUCCUUGCAAUAUAGUAUAUAAAAUUUAUAAAUAAAAAAUUUGUACAGGAAAAUAUAUUAAUUAUUUAUAAUUAACUAUAUUAAUAAACAUAUGAAUUACAAUUUGAUGUAAAAAUUCUUUAAAAAAUGUAAUGAAAUGCUAUUGAAAAAAACAACCAUCUUUUCAUUUUAUAAUAAUUACUUAAAAAGUUUUGUAAAAAUAAUAAUAAUAUAAUAAUAAUAAUUGCAAUACAUAAAUCUAAUACAAGCAAGAAAAGAUUUUCUAUAUUUGGAAGCAAUUGUAUUAAUUAAUUUAUGGUAAAAUAUUCCGAGUCUUAUAUUUUAUGUAUUAUGAUUAAUGUUCUAUAAUGUUAAAAAUAAUACCUGAGGUUAGUAAUUUUGCAUAUAAAAUUUUGUUACUGCAUUACUAAAGUUCAGCUAUUGCAUUUGGAAAUAUUUUUUGUUUCAUAUAACUAUAAAUUAUUAAUAAAAAUUAUUUCCAUUUCUUUGCAUAUGUUCUUACAGUUUUUAGAGAAAUAAAAUCAUAUAUACUGUUCUUACUGUCUUUGUUUAUCAAAAUGAAUUAACAUUAAAAAUACUAAAUAUUAUUUAUCAUUUUCUUCAGACGUCCGAUGAUAUUUACAUACAAUAAAUUGGUAUGUCUAAUCAGCUUUACGUGGCUUACGUUUACGAACAUUUGGACUGCUUGGUUCAGUUUUUGAAUCUUUAUCUGCAUCCUUUUCUUUUUCUUCUACUUCUGAUCCCUCUUGUUCAGAUUCCUCAUCUACUAAAUCAUCCUUAACAUGUUCAACAAUUUCUUCAUCCUGUAUACUUUUUUCUUGCAUAAAUCCACCUGAUCCAUCCUUCUGCUUUUUUUUGUCUUGAAGCAUCACAGGUUUUGGUGGAUAUAUAAAAUCGAUCAAGCAAACAAUAAACUACAAAGUAUAAAUAGCAAUUAAUUUUUAUUUAAACAAUUGAAUUUUAUAUUAUUUGUGUUAGUUUAAGCUUACCAAUCCUAAUAUUCCACCUAAAACAAUAGUAGCAAUAGCAAAUAUCAAGUAACUUCCCCAAGUAGGUAAUCCAAAAUCUUCCAUGAGCCUAUUGUGUAUUCCCUAUAAGAAUAAUUAAAUUGUUUUAUAAUGCAUUUAAAAUUUAAAAAUUAAGCCUAUCAACUUUCAAUUAAAAUCUUUACCCGUAAUACUUGUGACAUUUGAAAGAAUUGACCAAUCACAGACAUUUGAAUAGAUGUUGGACUCUUCCAACCAGGAAUUGGUUCAAUCUUUUCCCAAGUUUUCUCAGACACAAAUUCAAUUAAUGAGUCUUUAUCUCUAGGACUCUUAUAUUGCCUAAAUAUACCAUCUUUAACACUAAAGGAAACAUCAAAAAGUAUUUAAAAUUUUAAAUCAUAUUCUUUUUACAAAAUAGAAAAGCUUACUGAUAUAUUGUAGGCAAAGCUGUAACCAUAAAUCUUCCACUAAGUCCUGGAGAAUCAGUCACAUCAACUUUUCCUACAUUGAUAUUUAAAUUCUCCUUUUGUGCAGCAAGAUGUUCCCAAAUUGGUUCCAGUGCUUUACAAGCAGGACACCAUGGGGCAUAGCUAAAUCGUAAAAUAUUUAAAUUAUAAUGACAUCUAUUAUUUUAAAAUACAAAUAAUUCUUAACAAAAUAUUUCUUAUAGUUUUUUUUUAUAUUUUCAAAUUGCUUCCAAUAAAAUUUUUCUUUCAUCUUUUACAAUUGGAUAUAUAAAAUAUAAAUAUAAAUAUAAAUAUAAAUAUAAAUAUUAUUAUUAAAAUGCACAAAUUUUUUAAUAUGAUUUUUAAUACGCCAUCAAAUUUAACGACACUGAUUGUGAGCCAAUUCAACUUACAAUUCCACCAUCCAUUCUCCGAUCAGCAUACGAUCCCAGUUUUCUUCCGUAAGUUGUUCCGCGAAAGUACUUUUUGAUGAUGUCUGAGCGCUUGCAUUUACAAGAUUCAAAAAUAAACAACAAUAUGUGAUAUAAAAUGAAAAAUUGAAUUUAGUGUUCGACAUUUUAUGCUAACUAAUAUCCACCGGUAUCGUAGACACACGCUGCCGGUUACUGAAAGAAGCACAAAUCCAAUCCACUAUAGUUGGCAAUUGGCAACCGAGUUCCUUUCAUGAUAUAGUAACACACUAUACAUAUUGAAAGCCCUAGAAACAAAUAAUAAUUAUAAUUCACUUUUAAAAUUUAUUUAGUACAUAUUAAUAUAAUAUAGUAUAAUAUAAUAGUUAAUAUAAUAGGAAAAAACAGUUGUUUCUUUGAUCCAUUUAAAUUUAGAUUUAAAAAUAUAUAUGUUAAAAAUUACUUUUUUUUUUUAAAUAAAAUACUACUUUUAACCAUACAGAUAUACAAUUAAAUUUUACUUAAUCAAUUACACAUUUUGAAAUAAACUUUGUAAUUUAUAAAAAAUCAAAUUUGUCUUAAUAUAAAAUAUUCUAGUAACAUUAUUUAAUUGUUGAAUUAUAUUUCACAUGUAAUUUAUGUAUAUUUGUAUAAAUUAUAAUAUUCCAUAAAUUAAUUAUGUCUCCUCGUCAUGAAGAAUAUUUCAAAUUUUUUAUCAAUUAUGAAAAUUAUAUAUUUUAAAGUUAAUAUUCGUAUGAAUAACCCUUUAUAUUUAUCGUAUUGUCAUGCGACAUCAAUGUUAGCAAGCAAAUUGUGUUUGUUCUUAUUUGAAACAAAAAUUCGAAACACUUCCAAAAAUACGUAAAUAAAAAAUGAGUUUCAAUUUUCGUAGUUUUUAUUUAUUAUAUAAUUUUAAUUUCUUAUUAUUAAAUAACAAUUAUUACGUUAUUACGUUAAUAUGAAGACAUAUUUGAAUGUUUUUCAUUUCUUUAUAUUUCUGCUUUGUUUUUUUAUUAAGUUCAUAAAUACAUGUAAUAAUAAUAUAAUAUACAUAAGUGUAUAAUAAUGAUUUAAUAUUCAAAAUAAGUUGUAUAUCAUUAAUAUCUUUUUUCAUUUUAUUAAUUGCUUAGAAAUUAAUUUAAUUAUUUAGAAAAAAUAAGGUUUUACUAUGCAGUUUAUGAACAAUUUUUUUAAGAAUAUAAAAAUUUUCUAGGUAAACAAUAUGUCUGUUGUUUAUCCAAUUUUACCUAAAUUGGCUGAGCAAGAUGGUUUUGAUGAUGAAGAUUUAACAGAUAUUGACGAUGAGGUAUUCAUCAAAGAUGGAAAGAAUGGUCUAAAAUUACAUGAUGAUAGAGGAGUAAAAAGGCCUUUAAUGGCACCUCGUAGAAAAUAUAAAAAAUCAUAUAAUUUUGAGACAUAUGGACUUUCAAAUAAGGCUGGCUUUGGUCUUAUGAUAUUAAUAAUAUUAAGUUUAAUUAUAUUGUGCAUAUAUAUUGUAAAUAUAAUUCCUGGACCAAUAUCAGUUUUGAAAACUUGGUUAUCAAAUGAUCUUAAAAACUCAUUGCAUGAAUCUAAUAUAAUACCAUGCACAUCUCUUAUGCCAAAGAUUUUAUGGACUAGAUCAUUACCGAAGUUAACAUCUGAAUCACCAAUAAGAAGCAAUGAUGUUAAUGGUGAUGGAAUUGAAGAUAUUAUUAUUGGAUUUAAUACAGGAUUGGAUAUGAUAAACAUUCCAGAAUAUAUUUGUGCAUUGUACUUUGACGGACAAGUUCCAUGUUUCGGUGGAAUUCUGGCUUUAAAUGGAAAAACAGGAGAUACUCUUUGGGUUCAUUGGACAGCUCAUGCUGUUUUCUCAGUUGAUUGUGGUAUAGAUUUAACAAAUGAUAAAAUUAAAGAUUGUAUUAUAUGUGGUCGAGGUGGAAUACUUCAUGCAAUUGAUGGUUAUAAUGGUACUAGUAUAUGGGAAAUACCAGUUCAAGAUUUAUCAAUUUCUGAAGAAUGGAAAAUCUCAGAUAUCUAUGAUGCUAAAUUUAUUGCUGAUAUUGAUGGAGAUGAUAUUGGAGAUAUUAUUGCAUCACAUACCAUACAAUCAAGAGAAAUUCAUUCAAGUGAAAUUCUUAUGAUAUCAGGAAUUAAUGGAAAUAUUAUACAUAGAUCAGUUUUACCAAAUACAGAACAACUUUUUUUAGCACCUCAGAAAUUAGUUCAUCCAGAUGGAGAAAAUAUUUUUGUUCUUGUAACUAGUAGUCAGAAACAAUCAGGUGGAUUAUAUGUAAUUCCUCAAGAGAAUCUAAUGUAUAAUGACUUGAAAUUACGUAAACUUCACCAUAACACAGGAAAAGGAACUUUAUUACCUCCAAUUUUAGUCGAUGUAACUUUAGAUGGAAUUGAAGAUAUUGUUGCUGCUAUGUUUAAUUCUACAAUAAUAGUUUAUAAUGGAUUAACUUUUGAACCUAUUUGGAAUUAUACAGUACCUAAUUCUGAAAUAAUAAGUAUACCUAUUCCUGGUUACUAUAAUGAUGAUGACAUUCCAGAUUUUAUGGUAAAACAUCAAAUAGGUUUGGGUUUUCCAACAUAUUACUAUACAGUGACAACAAUUAUAAAUGGAAAAACUGGUAAACCUUUGCUAGAAAAACCAAUAGAAGAUAGUUUAAGUAGAGAAAUGUCUGGUCUAUCUGUUACUGUUGAAGGUUUUGGAAAUGAUUGGUUUUUACAUUGGUCAGUUGAUUGUCUAAAUUAUGAGGGAAUUAAAGAAAAAUAUCAGUUCUUAAAAAGUGAAGAUUUUAUAUCCGAAUCACGCGCUGAUAUUUGUAAACUACGAUUUAACUCUAGUUUAAUUACAAAUUUACAUGCUUUAAGCCAACAUGUUGGACCACCUGGAAUAUCACUAUAUUUUUCUGAAGAUUGGAAGUCAUUAGAAUACAAUAAUUCUAUGAAUGUUAGAAUAGAACUAUUUGAAAAUACACCUUUCAUGACUGAGCACUCAUCAAAGAAUCAUAAGGAUAAAAAUAAAAAAAACAGUUUUAAACAAGAAUUGAAAGAUUCAUAUGAAACUUAUGAACAAUACAACAAUGAACAUAAAAAUAAUGUUUUGAAAAAUGGAAAUAAAUGGCCCCAAAAAAAUAUACAAACAAGCAAAUACUUUGAUAUCUUAUAUGAUGAAAAUAAUAAAAUUAAUAUACAAGAACAACCAAUAGAUUACCAACAAGAGAAUGAAGUACGAGAACAAAGAAGUAACUUUAAUCUUGAAUUUACUAAUCAAUUUGAUAACAGAAUAAAUAAUUCUGUAAAAAACACAUAUAAUAAUGAAACAAAUAUUACUAAUAACAAGAUAAAUACAUUUGAAACUUUUGAUGAUUAUAUAGCAAACUCGGACACUAAAAAUAAUGAUGUAGAAACUUUCACUAAAAAGCUUUCUAAUAAUGCAUCAAAUCAAGGAAGAAAUGUUAUAGUAAAAAAAAUUCUGAAACAAAAAUUCUUAAAAAAUCAAAAUGAAAAAGGAGAUACUGACAUAAAACUAAAAUUAAAAUUAAAAGAUAAAUUUGAAACAAAAUUAAAAAAGCAAAAAAAGAAGCGAGAAAUAAAACCUAAAAGUAAUCAAAUAUAUUCAGUACAUGGUAUACAAAGGCAACCACCAACUGGAAUAUUAUUACCAUCUAUUUUAGAAACGAAAGGAAUAACUUCUAUUGAUUUAGUAUUUUCUACAUUUUGGUUACCAUCCUCUAAGGCAUCUGUGAUAUUAGUUCAAGAAGAUUUAAAUUGUAUUCAUUGGAAAAUGUUGCUUUCUGAAAAAAAGUUCCAGUAUAAAGACAGUGAUGAUAUUAUUAAAGAAUGUUUAGAUGAACGAGGUAUUAAUUAUAAAAUACAUCAGGAAACGAGUAACGGAGAUGAUUUAAAAAUUUCCCUUGGACAAAUGACAAUAUAUAGAAUGAAAUUAGAAUGUAUGUGUCCUGAAGAUAUGUUGCCUAAUCAAAGUUGUAGAAAUAUAUCUAUGCAUCAGAGUUGGCCUGAAUAUUUAGGUUCAGGUGGAAAUGGAUAUUUUAAACCAUUUUAUAAAACAAAUUUUUGAAUAAGAUAAUUAUGUUCGUAUAUAUUUUUCAUAAAUAAUAUUUAUUUUCUAAUACGUAAAAAAUAUAUAUUUCUUUUUAAAUAAAUAUAUAAAAUUUAUUAGAAAUAAACAAUAACAAUAACAUCAUAAUAAAAUUCAAUAUACGGACUACAAAUAUGUUAUUAUUAUUUUAAUAUGUACUUGUUGUACAAUAAAAA